UUUGACUUGUACACGACGUCGUUUUAAACUCGUAAGAUCCAAAACCGAUGAAGCCCCUGGCUCCAUCUAGAACCUUCGGAGUUCGGAUGCACCUCCGUAACUAGAAAACUCUCCACAUUUUCGUUCCCUCUCCAAAAACCCUAAACCCUAGAAAACAAAGAAGCAACCUCUAUCGGUCUAUUCUUCCUCUCUCUCUUUGUUCGAUUUCUAUUCAAAUUAGAUGGCUGCCUCCGUUUUGCUCCGAUCUCUACGUCGCCGUGAACUCGCUUCCCCUUCUCUCUCUGCUUACAGAGCCUUGACUGGAAAUACAAAGUCAUCAUGGAAUACAUCUCCAACAGGUUGGGCAAGUUUGGCUAGGGCGUUCAGCUCAAAGCCUGCUGGUAAUGAUGUCAUUGGAAUUGACUUGGGUACCACCAACUCGUGUGUUGCAGUUAUGGAGGGAAAGAAUCCCAAAGUUAUUGAGAAUUCUGAAGGAUCUCGGACUACACCAUCAGUGGUUGCCUUCAAUCAGAAGGGAGAGCUACUUGUAGGUACUCCAGCAAAACGUCAGGCUGUGACAAACCCGACAAAUACUGUUUUUGGGACCAAGCGUCUUAUCGGCAGACGCUUUGAUGAUCCCCAGACACAAAAAGAAAUGAAGAUGGUUCCAUAUAAGAUAGUUAGGGCUCCCAAUGGAGAUGCAUGGGUUGAAGCUAAUGGACAGCAAUAUUCUCCAAGCCAAAUUGGGGCCUUUAUUCUUACAAAGAUGAAAGAAACUGCAGAGUCUUAUCUUGGGAAGUCAGUCUCAAAAGCAGUGAUCACUGUGCCAGCUUAUUUCAAUGAUGCUCAGAGACAAGCAACAAAGGAUGCCGGACGUAUUUCUGGACUUGAUGUGCAGAGAAUCAUUAAUGAGCCCACUGCUGCAGCACUCUCCUAUGGUUUAAACAAUAAGGAGGGUCUUAUAGCAGUUUUUGAUCUUGGGGGUGGAACAUUUGAUGUUUCUAUUCUGGAGAUCUCUAAUGGUGUUUUUGAGGUGAAAGCAACAAAUGGUGAUACGUUCUUGGGAGGAGAGGAUUUUGACAAUACUCUUUUGGAGUUUUUGGUGAGUGAGUUCAAGAGAACUGAGGGAAUUGAUCUUUCAAAGGAUAGGCUUGCCCUGCAGAGACUCCGGGAAGCAGCUGAGAAAGCCAAGAUAGAACUCUCAUCAACAUCUCAGACUGAAAUCAACCUGCCAUUUAUCACAGCUGAUGCAUCAGGUGCAAAACAUCUGAACAUAACUCUCACCAGAUCAAAAUUUGAGAGUUUGGUGAACCACUUGAUUGAGAGGACCAGGGGCCCAUGUAAGAGCUGUCUGAAGGACGCAGGAAUAUCCACCAAGGAGGUGGAUGAAGUUCUUCUUGUAGGUGGGAUGACUCGGGUUCCUAAAGUACAAGAAGUGGUGUCUGAGAUCUUUGGAAAGAGCCCCAGCAAAGGAGUAAAUCCUGAUGAGGCUGUUGCCAUGGGUGCUGCUAUUCAGGGAGGCAUUCUUCGUGGAGAUGUGAAAGAGUUGCUUCUCUUGGAUGUCACUCCCCUAUCCCUUGGUAUAGAGACACUGGGUGGCAUCUUCACCAGGCUGAUCAACAGGAACACAACAAUUCCCACUAAGAAGAGUCAGGUGUUCUCAACAGCAGCUGACAAUCAAACUCAGGUUGGUAUCAAGGUACUGCAAGGUGAGCGAGAGAUGGCAUCUGAUAACAAGCUCCUUGGUGAGUUUGAGCUUAUGGGCAUCCCACCAGCUCCCAGAGGCAUGCCUCAGAUCGAAGUCACAUUUGAUAUUGACGCUAAUGGAAUUGUCACUGUGUCUGCCAAAGACAAGGCCACAGGGAAGGAACAACAAAUCACGAUCCGCUCAUCUGGUGGCCUUUCAGAAGAUGAGAUUGAGAAGAUGGUUAAGGAAGCCGAGUUGCAUGCCCAGAAAGAUCAGGAGAGAAAAGCUCUGAUAGAUAUCAGAAACAGUGCAGACACCACCAUCUACAGUGUAGAAAAAAGCUUGGGUGAAUACAGGGACAAGAUCCCAAGUGAGGUUGCAACUGAGAUCGAGUCAGCAGUUGCUGAUUUGAGGAAGGCAAUGUCAGGUGAUAACAUUGAAGAAAUCAAGGCAAAGCUUGAUGCUGCAAACAAGGCCGUAUCAAAGAUUGGACAGCACAUGGCAGGAGGUUCUGGUGGUGGUUCGACCCCUGGAGGAGGUUCUCAGGGUGGUGAUCAGGCUCCCGAGGCAGAAUAUGAAGAGGUGAAGAAGUAGGGAGGCUCUGAAUGUGUAGGUUGAGUUGGGUUGAAUCUGAUUCAAAAAGUAAAUUAAAAAAUUUUCAUUUGCUUUUCUUACUAGGAUAAAUGGGGUUCUAGCAGUUUUGUAUCUAAAAUGGUCAAAAGUGCAUUAGGUUUUUAAUCUGUCUUAUGAGUGAUCCUUUGUUAACAAAAUUUUUGCAUGAGCUAUUUCAUUGUUGUCUGCCAAA